GGCUGCUAGCAGAGGGAGGGGGGGAAAGGCAGUGAGCCGCGCGCGCGCACAGGCGGAGACAAACAAACAAACAAACAAACCAGCGGCGGCGGCGGAGGCUUUUCUGCAGGGCGGAUCUGCACAGACGUUGCAUGGCGCUGCUUCCCUCAGGCGGGCGGGCGCAAAGGAAGCCUGCAAAUCUAUGCAUCGCCGCCCUAGAGAGAGGCAGGCAGGCGCACCGCCAGUGACAGCCGUGCUGGCAGUAUCCGCUGCUUGGACUUCAGAGCACAUUUGUCUGCCACAGCAGCGAGCAUAACAACUGCAGAGGAGGAGGACCCGGGCGUUCAGUAAGCGGUCGACUUGGAGGACUUUACUUUCUUUUGAUUGUGCGCGCGCGCGCGUGUAUCUUUUUGCUUUUCUUUCUUUUUAAAUUCUUCUUCGUGUGAUUCGAUGCGCUCUCUUCUGCCUCAGCCCUGCCAAUAAGCCCUCUCUCCCUCUCUCUUGCGCGCGCACUGAGCCUCCUGUGAGAGACAACAGACGAAGGACAGCUGGAGUGUGUUGUUUUUCCCCCCGACACGUCGUCGGGACUCGCGCGCGCGUGUCUGUGAACGUGGGUCGUCGUCGGGACUGGAGGGGAAGGCAAGGAGACGAAGCAGCGUUGUAUUCGCCCUUUCCCUCUCGCCUUGCUCCGCCAGCGAGCCGGGGCUGUUGAGUCUCCGCCAAGGAAGACGGGAACUUUUAUUUGCAGCUCUCCGCUUGUGACGAAUGGUGGGAAUCUCCGGUCCUUUUAGGUCCUUUAGAAUUGCACACCCCCAGAGGAGACCAUUCCAUGUUUAUCUGCUUUCUGACUGGAAGAUGGCAAGCCUUGUGCAGAGAUGCUGUGGAAAACCUCUCUGGAGAAAAGAUUGAUCUCUGGGCUGGUGAACAUAAUAUCUGUCCCAGUCAGAAAAGGAGAGAGGAAAUUAGCAGGACGAUUGGUGGAGAAUGAUAUCUGUCAAAAGAAACACUUGGAGAGCACUGAGUUUAGUAAUAGGUGACUGCCGGAAAAAAGGGAACUUUGAAUUUUGCCAAGAUCGCAUUGAGAAGCAUUCCACAAUGCCAGACUCACCUGUGGAUGUGAAGACGCAGUCCAGGCUGACGCCCCCAACAAUGCCACCUCCUCCCACUACGCAAGGAGCCCCAAGAACCAGUUCUUUCACACCCACAACGUUAACCAAUGGCACAAGCCAUUCACCAACAGCAUUGAAUGGGGCUCCUUCUCCACCUAAUGGCUUUAGUAAUGGCCCAUCAUCUUCCUCCUCAUCCUCUUUGGCUAAUCAGCAGUUACCGCCAGCUUGUGGAGCUAGGCAGCUUAGCAAACUGAAGAGAUUUCUUACAACCUUACAGCAGUUUGGCAACGACAUUUCACCAGAGAUUGGGGAGAGAGUGCGUACCCUUGUGCUAGGACUUGUGAAUUCUACUUUGACAAUUGAAGAAUUUCAUUCCAAACUGCAAGAAGCUACUAACUUCCCACUGCGACCUUUUGUCAUCCCAUUUUUGAAGGCCAAUCUGCCCCUGCUACAGCGGGAGCUCCUGCACUGUGCAAGGCUGGCCAAGCAGAACCCCGCCCAGUACCUCGCUCAGCAUGAGCAGCUGCUUCUGGAUGCCAGCACCACCUCACCUGUUGACUCCUCAGAGCUGCUUCUCGAUGUGAACGAAAACGGGAAGAGGCGAACUCCAGACAGAACCAAAGAAAAUGGCUUUGACAGAGAGCCUUUGCACUCAGAGCAUCCAAGCAAGCGGCCCUGCACUAUUAGCCCAGGCCAGCGGUACAGUCCAAAUAAUGGCUUGUCUUACCAGCCCAAUGGUCUGCCUCACCCCACCCCGCCACCACCUCAGCAUUACCGUUUGGAUGAUAUGGCCAUUGCCCACCACUACAGGGACUCAUACAGACACCCCAACCACAGGGACCUCAGGGACAGAAACAGACCUAUGGGGUUGCAUGGCACGCGUCAAGAAGAAAUGAUUGAUCACAGACUAACGGACAGAGAAUGGGCAGAAGAAUGGAAACACCUUGACCAUCUCCUAAACUGCAUCAUGGACAUGGUGGAAAAAACGAGGCGAUCUCUCACUGUGCUACGGCGAUGUCAGGAAGCUGACCGGGAGGAACUUAAUUACUGGAUACGGCGGUAUAGUGAUGCGGAAGAUUUAAAAAAAGGCAGUGGUAGCAAUCAUUCCAGGCAGCAGAGUCCAGUGAAUCCGGAUCCAGUCCCUUUAGACUCGCAUCGGGAAUUCCUUCACAGGCCUGCUUCUGGAUAUGUGCCAGAGGAGAUCUGGAAGAAAGCUGAGGAAGCAGUCAACGAAGUAAAACGUCAAGCAAUGACCGAGUUGCAGAAGGCAGUGUCAGAGGCAGAACGGAAAGCCCAUGAUAUGAUUACUACAGAGAGAGCUAAAAUGGAACGCACGGUGGCUGAGGCUAAGCGACAGGCUGCAGAGGAUGCACUAGCUGUGAUCAAUCAGCAAGAGGAUUCAAGUGAGAGUUGCUGGAACUGUGGCCGUAAAGCCAGCGAAACCUGCAGUGGUUGCAACACGGCGCGAUACUGUGGUUCAUUUUGCCAACACAAGGACUGGGAGAAGCAUCACCAUAUCUGUGGACAGACUCUUCAAGCCCAGCAGCAAGGAGAGACACCAGCAGUGAGCUCCUCUGCAACACCCAACAGUGGGGCUGGAAGCCCCAUUGACACACCACCAGCAGCUACUCCUAGGUCAAACACUCCCGGAACUCCAUCCACCAUAGAGACAACUCCUCGCUAAGACUGAACUCAGAACUACUUAAAACAAAAACAUACAAAACUAAAAACUCCUCAUCCUCAGAUGCUCAAAGGUUUUUACUGAACUGUCAUAUUUCAAUACUUCAAUAUUAAAAAGAAAAAGAAAAAAAAUAACAUAUCUUAAGGUAGAAGUAAGAUACAGAAGGCCAGUAACGGGUCAUAAUGACUUCUGGAUAACAAAGAUAACUUUUCUUUAGGAAACUGAAAAGAGCAGAUAAUUUAACACAAACAAAUGAUAGAUUUGACCUCCUCCCUGUUAUUUUCCAGUAGCUGGGAUUUUAAACUAGAUGACCUCAUUAACAGAUGCUUUACCAAACAGCAAACCAAGAGAUUGCUAAUUGCUGUUGAAAGCAAAAAUGCUAAUAAUAUAAAGUCACAAUGUUCUUUAUAACAAUAAAUGGAAAUUUUUUUAAACAUGAGAGAGAGAGAGAGAGUGAGAGAAAGAAAUAAAGGGGGAAAACCCUCAAGGGCAUGAGCAUUGGAUAAAGCAGCAGACAUUUUAAUAAGAAGAUGAAUAGCGUCCGUGGGUUACUGACUGAACUCUGAAGACCCGCAUCAGAACACACAGAUGUGCAGCAGAUUGGAAGGAGACACAGAUGUUCAUUUUUUUUCUUGUUUCUGAAUGAAAUAUAAUAAUAUCCAGGUCAACAGAAUGAAAAAUGGAAGAUGAUUUGCAGUGGGAUGUAGGACUUAAAGCAGCAGCAAAGGAAAAAAUUGCCAUCGUACAAACAGCUCCUCUUCUUUUCUGUUCUUUGUUUUGUUUGGGGGUUUUGUUUUCCUUUUAGUACAGAAAUAAGGACACAGCCUGCGAUUAAUUAGCAUUUUGGCAGCUACCAUGGCCACCAGCUGCCUCCCCCCCCUCUAAAAAGUGUCAACAUUUCUUUCACUUUUUUGCAAGGUUCCACAGAAUAAGACAAUCGGGUCUAUUCCACCUCAUUCAUGUUUAUGUCAAUGACGAAGAUAAUAUGGUGACUCCAGCUCCAGAACCCUUCCAAAUUCUUUUCCAUCCCAUCCUGUCUGGGUUUUUGAUUAAAAAAAAAAAAACAGAUUUAAAAAUGGGGAAAAAAUCUAGUAGUUCUCUUGGUGUUAAAACACUUCUGUCCUGUGAGGUUUCCCAAUGGUGUUUUUUCUUGUAAAUGUGUUGGACAAAUGUGAAAAUGCAUUGUAGUUAACCAUGCUCACAUUUAGUCUUCUUUAUUACUAGUAGGUGAGAAACCUGUAACUUUCUAUGCUGCUUUUAUAUCUGUAUGUAGUAGUGAUAUUUCUCUAGUAGUUCAAAAGAGAGAAGAAAUCCCCCUCUUUUUUCCGUUUGUCCUGAAGAAAAGAAAAGGAAAAAAAAAAGCUAUCUUUCGGAGCUGCUAUUUCACUCUGUUAUAGGGGGAAAAAAUUCUGAAAACUAGCAUGCUUCCCGGAAUGCUAACAUAUUGGUGUUUUUGUAAGAGGGAUGUACAUAAAUGUAUUUUGCACUGUCACAAUGACUCCCUAGGCAUGCUUUUUUUGGGGCAAACACUUUUUAAAGAUGCUAGAGCCAUUUCACCGAGUUUAUCUGUAGGAUAGAAUAGUGGUGGGUUAUUUUUUACGUUUUUAUUUUUUCCCUUUUUUUCCUUUUUUUUUCUUUGCAAAAUUCACUAAUAGGGAUGUUUUUUAUAAAAAAAUAAUAAUAAAACAGGCUAUCAUACUUUUUAAGGGGAAAAAGCAGUGCAUGCAUAUCACUGUAAGGUCGUUAGGUACUUCUGAUUUUACAAAAGAGAAAUAAUGAUGAUGAUUAGAGCUCCAAAUGCUGAGGUGUAGAUUGACAGCUUUAACACUGCUGAAUGCCAGGUUAUAUUACAGUAUUAUUACAAAAAAAAGGGAAAAAAGGGAAGUCAGCCAAAGACUGAUCUGAUGGACCAAAAUCUGAAUUCUGGAAAGCACCAUUACUACUUUCCAAAUAUCAGCAGGUUAAACAUGUCUGGCAAAGGCAUUGUGUACACUCAUAUAACCCUUCAUUGUCCAGGGUCCAGGCCAGAAAUACUUGUUAGUUGUAAAUAGCCCAGGAAAUGGUUGUGUGCUUUUUCUACCAAGUAAGCAUAGCAGCAUUUGAAGGCUGCGCCAUACAUUACCACUAUGUCAGACAUUUCUAAAUUUGGUGUGUUUGGGUAUGCGACUAUGCAUGUGUGUUAAAACAAAAAUCUUAUUUUAAGUUUGUGUAAUCUGGCUAAAAUUCGCUGG